UGGGGAAUAAAAUCACUUGCUGAUCAGGAAAGCCUGAACUACCAACAGGUAAAUUCCCUUCUAAUCUCACGCCCAUACACACUGACUUCCUCUCUCCCUCAUACUCCUGCCACAUGCACAAGAACAGGGGCUUGAACCCAAAUUUAUGCAUUUAAGGAAUUUAGCCAGCGCUGUUUGUCCCCAUUAAGAGGGGUGGCAAGCGGAGAUUGGGCUUGUGAUGAGAUGCAGGAUUUUAAUGGAGGAGUGGAGAGGUGGGAUUUGAGAAGGAAUUGGGGAAAUUGGAGAGGUGGGGAGGAGGUUUUGGGGGAAAUUUUGGGGUUUUGGUAGGAAGUUGAGGUGUUUUGGGUGGAUAGGAGGAUGGGGUCUUAGGAUCAGCUGGUGUUGUUUUGAUGGAUGAAUUUAUGAAUUGUGGGGAGAAAGGUUUCAGGGUGGUACUGUUUAGAGACUGAUGGUUGCUUAUUAAGAUCUAAGCUAAUCAGGUGAAAAGAUACAAAGGAGAACAUACAAUAUUGAGAAGAUAGUCAUGUUAUAAUCAAUACAGCAAAAAGUACAAGCUCAAGUUCAGAAGAUAUUAAACACAAAAGAAUCAUUCAAAAAAAGAAUAGGACGAAGAGGAAAUUAAAUUCCCACUGUGUUAUGAAAGUCUCUUCUCUAAACUCAAAAGAGAAGAAAAAUAAUGAGAAUUUGAAGAGAAAAUUUAACACAGAAGGUUCUAUAUACCCUUCAGCGCCUUCAAAAACAAUGAAGAGGGUGUCCUUAAAGGCUAAUAAUUCCACCCCUUUAUCAGCCACUGCACAUAAGCUACCUUCCUCCUUAUCUUUGUCUACUUCUGAUGAUCUUACCAAACAAUUCAUAUCCGAAAUGAAGGAAGGGAAAAGGAAGGUUAGAGGCAAGCGUAGAACUUUUAACAGCAAGAGAGAGCUAAUGCGCCGUAAAAAUACAGUUAAAGAGGUGGGACUUGAGGAUUAUAGAGAAUAUUGAAAUGAAUUGAAAAAAUCAAAGAAAAAUAGAGAAUUAUUUGUGGUUUAA